UCUGGGUUUAUUUAUUCUAUUCCUAGGGCUUUCAUUCUCUCUAUGGUUGUCGGAGGCCUGUAAUUCAUUGUAAGCCUUCUUAGCCUCCCUGCACUUCCUUUCUCUCCGAUCUAGGCUGCCGCUCAAACGUCAGUUACUUGGACCAAAGAGAACUGGUUUUUUAUGUGAUUCAGCCUCUUACUUCCAACGGAAACUUGUGUCAGGAGUCACCUGAGCAGCUCUGGCCUUCGAAGGUGCUGUUGGAUCAUGGCGGUAGUGGCACGGGCUGCUGUGCCCCAGCUAAUGGCCGCCGGGUCUCCGGCCUCUCUCUGGCCGCUGUUGUCCCUGUUGGCGCUGGUCGCCGCCGCCGCUGUGGAUGUGAAGAGGCCCGUACCGAUGUUGAUCUGGUCCAGCUCUCAUGCUGUGUGGGUCCCCCCGGCAAAUGCCCAUGAAGGUCACGUCACUACGGAUCUCCAGCUUUCCUCUUACCUACAGCUCGCCCUGGAGAAGGGACCCCCAAGAAUGCUGCUCUUACUGCAGGAAGAACUAAGCGUAGAGGAUUUCACCGUUUUCGGUGGUGCGUUUGGCAACAAGCAAGAUAGCGCUUUCCCUAACCUGGAGAACGCUCUGAAAUCGGCUCCCUCCUCCUUGAUCCUGCCUUUAGUGGAGUGGCGCGCAAUCAAUAUUACCUUGCCCGCCUUCCUGAAGAAGUGGGGACCUAGACCCGUCAUGGUGGAGCGGGCCAGCCUGGAGGAACUGAAGCUCAAAGACAACGCCUCUGCUUUACUGCACCUGACACUGCCCCAUGCCAACAAUUCCGGCUUGAUGGCUCGAAAAAUGCUGUUAACAGGUAAUGAUGAGAUUAUUGGGCAGGUGGUGAGCAAGUUCAAGUCAGAAGGUGCUCCCUAUACAGCCAUAAUGACUGCUAUUCAGCCUUCGCGGGUGGUUCGGGACUUGUUGCUGCAGCGUCAGAUGCUGGAGCCACCUGAGAAGGAGAGAGAAUCUUCACAACCAUUGAGCUACAAUGAUACACAGCCUCGCAUCCUCUUCUGGGCGGAUCAUUUCAUAGUGAAUAAUGAGCAUCAGUCAUUCGAUCUGAGUAAAGCCACCUUUAAGAUGCCAGUCAACCUGACGGGCUCCAGCUGGAAUAGCUCCUUUGCCCAGCUGGUGCUGACAUAUAAGGAUAUCUUUGGUCCUUUCCUGACCGUCAAGUUUAAACUGAGCAAUCGUUUCUACUCCGUUUCAGCUAGAACGUGGUUCAACAUUGAGCAACUAGAGCUCCGUACCACUAACUCCGUUGUGGUCUUCCAGGGCACAGGGCUCACGGGACCCAGCCCCUUCUCCUUCCACUGCCAGGCUUUUUCCACUGCGGAUCAGAAUGGUUUCCUAACCCCUGCACCUGGGCCCCGUCUCUGGAAUGUGACUUUCACGGGCUUCCGUAUUCAAGCCUUCCACGUGAAGUCGAAUAACUUCGCCUACGCCUGUGACUGUGACGGAUUCUUCUCAGGCAUCAUCUGGAUGGGGCUAUUCUCCUGUUUCUUCUUGCUUUUAGCCUUCAUAUAUGGACUGCAUAUGCUGCUCGACCUCAAAACCAUGGACACCUUUGAAAACCCGAAAGCAAAACGUUACUACGAUUAA